AUGGCUGGGAAAAGCUCUAUCUCCUCUGCUAUCAAGAACUCGCCUGCAGCUUCAUUAUUACCGUUAGAAUGUGUUUACGAUGGAUGUGUUGGCGGAUUUCUAGCGGAGAAAAGUCGCAUCUUUCUGCGCAUCGAGUCGGACUGGUCUGUGCACGGUCAAGUCCGUCGUCAGCCAUGUGGUAGUUUGCGAAUUCUAGCCAAUGGAAGGAAACGCAAGCGAAAAGCGGUCACUUAUCAUCCAGACGGCAUUAUCAUCGCUCAUAUCGUUGGAAAUGCCCGAGUUGUUCCAUUCCAAGAUACUGCUUUGUUGUGUCCUUCAGCUAUCCGUGGUGACGGUACAUCCAUGGCAGAGUAUUGCUGUACUCUUGAGAUUACUAAGAGACUGGAUCAUGUGGAUCGGCAUACUUUGACGUGUCAUUUACACGUACCAGUAGCAUCUGAUGUUCCAGCUUUGGGCACAUGGCGGUGUUGCGGUGGUACAUUGUCGUCAUCCUCUUUUUCUCAGAGAUUAGAAACAGUUAUAGAACUGCAAGGGGUUCAAACUGUACUGGAUGAAAAGGUAUUUCAAUUGCAACCAGUGCAGUGGUACCAACGUCAACAGGAAGCAGAGGAGGCCGAGAGAAGAGCAACAAUGUUGGAGUCCAGACUUCCGUCACUAUUGUACCCAUUGCGACCGGGAAAGUAUGAAUUUAGAGGGUUUUCGACAUAUGACACGCCGUCUGUGGUCACUGCACCAUGGUUAAGAAAUGGACGAAGAGGUCGUUUACGUCCUAUCAUGGCAACAAAAAAGGAUGAGUGUCUCGUUACAUUGCGUUUGUUCCCUGAUGGUUCACUUCGUGGUACAUCUCGUGAAUUCGUACAACCACAAGUAUGCUCAUUGACUGGUCGCUGGCAAGCCAAUCGCAUUGUGUAUGUGCUCGAAUACCACGUUCGUGAGGCAGUGGGUCACUUUCGCUACUCUGGAGCUGUUAGAAUUAAAGGUGAAACAACAAACACAAGCAAUACUGAAGUUGUUACUGCAGGACGCGAGAUGGUUUGUGGCAAGUGGUACAAUGUGGACGAAGGUCAUGCUGCAGGCUUCGAAGGAGGUCAUGGGAAGUUUACGCUGGAACUUGUACGAGUGGAUUACUCGCCAAUAACCGAUAAGAGAGAAAAGGUGAAUCAUGCUUUUGGAAACCGUCAUAGGCAGUCAGGACUUCAGAGAAGAAUCGAACUGGAUCAAAAGCAUAAGGUGAAAUGUACUAAUGCAGAAAUCGAUGAUGACGACGACGUCAUUCGUGCUUUCACCACAGGAAUGUACGACUUAUCAGGUUGUGCCACUGAUGCUGAAGGGUACGAGUACGCAUUUGAUCUCCAAUUACAAUUACACACGAAUGGAGAUCUUUCUGGCCUGUGCAAAGAGCGUAUUAUUCAUCAAAUUAGUCCCGUAUUUGGACGUUGGACUCCGUUAGGUAUCACUUAUAGUCAGCAGUACGUGGUGAAUCAUGAAGUGGGCACAUACACUUAUGCAGGAGAUUUAAGCAACGAUGGCGCCGUGGUACGUGGCACCUGGACGAAUACUGAGGACGAUGCGGCGUUAGUGCUUAGCGAGCAUGGGACCUUUGCUCUGAUUUUAGUGAAUACAAAAAGACAGUGGAGUGCGAUUAGUCAUGUGUAUUACCCGCCAAGCUUUCGGCAUGGCGUGUUUGUGACUCUCAUGGCAUCGGCUCGAAGAAAUCAAUUGCCAGUGGCGCUCUGGACACGUAUCUUUGCAUUCUGUAACGAAAAGUGGUUUACUUCGCUGCUAUGA